GCCAGGGCACCAUGUACAGCGUGGAAGACCUCCUCAUCUCUCAUGGAUACAAACCGUCAAGAGACCUCCCAGCACCGCGCGAGGACGACCCUGAGGGACGCCAGCCAGCGAGGACAAGGACGCGAGCUGGCCACGGCCUGCUGAACGGGCACGAGGAUGGCCCUGCAGUCUCUGCACAUCGUCAGCCGUCUGCGGGGAAAGGACGCGUGAGUGACACUGAAAGCCGCCGCAGCACGCCGAGAGGCCACGGGGAGCCCCCAGGAGCUUCUAGAACCUCUGAGGCCGGGUUUUAUAAUCAGCCCACCUCGGCGUGGUCCCCCCAGCCCCAGGCUGGCAGCGGCCAGGUCUGUUGGAGAAGAGGAGGACGUGAAGUCAGUAGUGUGCUGGGCCCACGGGGCCGAGAGGACCUGGAGGUCAGAGGGAUGGCCCAAGCCCACAGCCUGCCUGGCCACAUGAGGGAGGGACCCUGGGAAGUCGGAGGAAGGACCGAGAAUGUGGUGAAGAAGGCAGUUUGGGAAGAAGAGCUGAGAGUGCCAACUCCUGCCAAGUGGCAGGACGUCAGCCUGGGGAGCUGGGACCAGCCCAGGAAGGUAGGGAGGCAGAUGUCUGAUGGCAGUGCGGAGAGAUUGUUCCACGACCUGUACCCGUUCAUUCGAGGAGAGCAUGUGCUGAGCUCCCAGAACAAGAGGAAAUCCCAGUCGUUGCCUAGAGUCCUUUCCCCUGAGAGCCUGAGCUGCACGGACAUUCCCCUUCCGCUAAGCGAUGGACGUUUACCAAAAAUACCACCGUGUCCUCCAAAUUGUGCCCCGAAUCUGGAACCCACAAGGCACCCGGAGAAGGGUGGUGCCUCGGUGCCUUUGCCCCGGCCUAAGUUUGGGAGACCCCUCAAGCCCCCGUCUCAUGGCUCGCACCAGCCGAGCAGGAGAGGCGUGGAAAACAGCGACCCCCAGGACGGCCGGCAGACGGACCCACACGUCUCUAGGCGCGAGCUCUGCGCAUCCGACUCUGGCUUGGAGCCGCCAGUGUACGUGCCUCCGCCGUCGUAUAGGUCGCCCCCGCUGAACAUCCCAAACCCCUACUUGGAAGACACGGCUCCCAGACCUCUGACUGAGAAGGCUGGGGCUGGCGGUCAGCUUCCUCCCGGCCCCCUGGGCGCUGGGAGCGAGUACGGUGCGAGCCCCCGCUCUCCUCGAGGGCCCCCUGCACACCCCCGAGCUGCCACCGCCUACAGCAGCUCCGUUCAGUACAUCCCCUUCGACGACCCUCGGAUACGACACAUCAAACUGGCUCAACCGCAGGGCUUCUGCGAAGGAACAAAGCUUGAUGAUAAGUCACGUGACUCUAGUCCCGUCACUCCCCAAGAGCCACCUCGUGGGAAGAUGCAGCCUGAGGGUGCCAUGCUGGACCCACGGAGCCUGACACCCCCAUCAGGGGAUGAGAGGGACCCUGGUGCCAGACCUUGGUGGCUGUGGGACCAGUUCCCCAGGGAUGGAGAGCACAGCGGCCUCCCCGACCAAAGAGACCCCUGUGUCGCGAGAGGACAGCGGCCGGACGUGGGGGGCAGCCAGCGCAGACACGCGGAGGGCCAGGUUUCCUCCCCAAACUCGCAGGGCGACGGUACCUGUGAAACGCAAGCCAAGUUCAAAAAGUUCGAAACUGGGAUUCAGACCAAGAAAAGUUCAAAGAGAAAAACAAGCGAGACUAUAUUUUGUUUGGUUUCCAUCCCGGUCAAAUCCGAAGCCCAUCUGCCCGACACAGAUACGAACAACAAUGACUUGAAAUGCGGCGCGGGCGGAGCGCGCGGGCUCGACCCUGGCGUGGCGCUGCAGGAGCAGAGCUUGCUGAGCACGUCUGCCACCGACCUGGAGCUGCAGGCUCUCACGGGAAGCAUGGGUGGGAGGACGGAAUUCCAGAAGCAGGAUCUGGGGGGGCCCGAAGACGACAAACACUCGGUUGACCUCAGACUCCUUCAGCUCGCGCCGCACAGAGCGCUCGAGGGCGUGGGCUCUUGGCCAGGCCACCAGUACCGCGACCAGCAAACGCAAACCAGUUUCCCCGAAGAACCGCAGAGCUCACAGCUUCUCCAGGGCGCGCAGCUGGCAGGGUCGAGUGACACGGCGCCCACUCCAAAAUGCCCGGACCCCGCAGCCUCCGGAGCUCAGACGCACCCGGUGCUGGCUUCCGGUGACCACAGGCAGAGGCCAGAUGCUCAGAACCUGAAAGGUCAAAGGUCCCUCAGCCCAUCUGGCAACAGUGUUUUUUCAAGGACGUCCUCGUCCACACACCAGGCACCUGGGCCAAGAGCGGGCUGGAGUCAGCCCCGUGUGGAUGGCCGUGGGCCCCGAGCCAGCCCCGAGCCCCGGCGGGAGGUGGUGAAGGGGGAGCCCACGGGCCCGUGCAACAGCAAACAGCUGUUCGGGCAGUUUCUCCUGAAACCAGUUAGUCGUCGCCCCUGGGAUUUGAUAAGUCAGCUGGAAAGUUUUAACAAGGAGCUUCAGGAGGGGGAAGAAAGCAGUAGCGGCAGCAGCGCUACCAGUGAGGACAGUGAGGCGGAAGCGCAGUGGGAGGACUGUGCCGACUCCAGACCUGGGGAUCCCGGCUUCCCUGGGCUCAGCCCGGGGAGGAGGGUUGAGCAGCAGCGGGGGGUGUGGGUGCCGGAGGGCCCUGUGCGCAGGGCGGGAAGAGGCGAGCAUGAGUCUGAGAGCUGGAGCGAGGAGUCUGGGCCUGGCCGCCCUCCGUCCCUGGGCCCCUUGCAGGCAGAGGGUGGCAGCGGGGACUCUCCCUGGUCAGCAGACAUAAGCUUGAGCGCAGAGAAGAGACGCCAGGAGGUUGGCAGUGCAGUGAAUGAGCCAGUGGUCAGCCCAGCACCUGUGCAGGGAGUGACGUCUUCAAGACCAAGUGGCACAAAGCCAGCGUCCCCAUCCUAUCCCGCUGAGCCGAGGGAGCCCCAGGAAAGUGAGAGACUCCCCGGCGCUUCCACGUCUGUGACACCCGGCUCAGCAGGCCCUCCCGGGGUGGACGGGGCGGGAGAGAGGGGCACGGUGCUCCCACUCUCCCUGACCAGCAAGAGCCGCGGGCUCUCGGCACCAGACUUGCGGUCCGUGGGGCGAGGGCAGAGCGCCAGCGAGGCGGAGGGGUCUUUGGGGGAAGCAGUAGAAAUCCCCCCGGGCGAGUCCCUGCAGGCGAGGGCUGCGAGGAUCCUGGGCAUCGAGGUGGCUGUGGAGUCCCUGCUGCGGGGCACCAGGAGAGCAGGGCAGAGCCGGCCUCCCGAGCCCGACGCAAGUGCCUGCUGCCCAGAGUCCCCCGGGGAUGACCCGUCGUCCAGCUCGGCCACGUCCGAUGGCCCCACGGUGCCUGCCGACGCCUUUUAUGGCAGGAGGAAGUGCGGCUGGACCGAGAGCCCCCUCUUCGUGGGGGAAAGGGACAGUGCCAGGCGGGCUCCCCUGGUGUCCGAGCACUCAGGUGUGGACGGGGCCAUGGCCUGCGACGCCUCCAGCCCCGAGCCUCGCCUCAACCCCUUGGAGUCCAGCUCCUUCGAUCAGCAGGAUGUGGGGGUGAAACCUCCCUUCAGGUCCACUUUGUUCCAUUUUAUAGAAAGGACCCCAAGUGUGGCGGGCUCGGAAAAGAGGCUCAGAAGCCCUUCCAAAGUGAUCGAGAGUUUACAAGAGAAACUGGCCUCCCCACCUAGGAGAGCAGACCCCGAUCGCCUGAUGAGGAUGAAGGAGGUGAGCUCCGUGUCGCGGAUGAGAUUCCUCAGCUGCCGGAGCACCGACUCCCCGGAGGAGCCCGAGGACCUGAAGGCCGCCAGGGGCCAGCCCGGGCCACCUGGAGGCUUUGUGUCGCUGAGCGGCGGGGACCGGGCGUGGAGAGGGGGCCACUCCCUCUCCGUUUGCAAGGAGGGCGUCUCUCGGGGAGCAGGUGAGCGUCCGGCAGCACCAAAGGACGAGCACGUUGACCAAGACUUCUGGUGCCCAGAUUCGUAUGACCCCAGCCGAGUGGAAAGGGUAUGAUGUGACGCCAGUGACGCCGGGGCCACUCUUGCUUGUUAAUCGCGCGUUCUCUGGUUUGGUCUGCCAGCCCAGCUUGCCCACGCAGAGGCCAAAAACUGCCGGUUUUUAGCGUCCCGACACAUCCUCUCCCACCGCCACCAGGAAACUCGCCAUCCGCGCGGAAUCGCUUCGUGGAGAUCGAGCGCUAGCCCGUCGAAACCAUCUGUUCUUACAGCAUGAAGAUCGAAUGCCCGUAAUUAGAAAAGAGUUUCCACAGAAACUCGCCUUACGGACGGAUGGGUUCGGCCAGGCUGGCACAUGGUUUGGUGGUACCUGGUUCCUGUGGGAACCUAAACGCAGAAGAUGGAGCGAAUGAUUCCGAAAGGACCAUGAAUGUCGUACGUCCCCCGGUGCGUCUCCAUGGCCUGCGGCCUGUGCUCGCGUGGAGGGGUGUGGGAAUAGGCCACUGCCAAUGUUUGCGCACUUUCAUUCCGGGGGAAAUGUGAAUGAAUACGUGUGAUCCAUUUCUAAUCAAUUUGGCCUUCUGCUGCUGGAAGUGACUUCACUUCUAAGUAACUUGCCAUCAGAGAGUAAAAGCAAUAUCUUUUAAGUUCCUAAAAAAAUGUAAAGC